UCAAAAUUAUGAAGUCGAAAAUGUACAACUUCCUUCUCCCUCUUCUUUUAAUAUAUUUCAACAUUUGCGCCCAACACAUGAAUUUACUUUAAACUUACCUACUAAAUAUGAAUUUGCAUUAUCAUCGCCAUAUUUAAUUUUUAGCCUCUUUUUUUCAUCUGAACAAAUAAGCACAAUAGUCCAGAAUACUAAUGAAUAUGCCUAUAUAAAAGGUGCAGGGGAAGGUCGUAGAUGGGAAAAAUUAACUGUAGGAGAACUUAAAAUUUG